UGGCGGCGCCCAUAUCUUACUUUCACAUUAGAUGACGUAAUUGGAAGGAGAUACUGUUUUCACACCUGGUCAUGUAUCUUCAGAGUGGAUGCUAUCAAACUGGUUAAAGAAGAUUACACCUCACUAUAGAAAGUUUCAAAAGACACAAAUUUAUACAACAGUAUCUCAAGUGUUGGCAUCAGAACAACUUAAGGACCAUGUUUUCAGGGCGGAGGCGUGGAGGGAGGGGUAAUUUUGGAGUUCUACUGUUGGGGGCCCAGGUGAUGAGGAUGGGAGUACAUAACAUUCCUCCAGUCACCUUGGCGACAGUGGCCUUACAGGUGGCCAUAUAUUUACAAUUAGGUGACCUUCCAAAAUGGUUUGGCCAUCCUCAGAGUGUCUGUAUGAGUGUGUACAAAGUCUGGUAUAAAGGAUACUGGAAGCUUUUGAUACUGGCUGCUCUUACACAUGGUGAUGAUAUACAUCUCUACUAUAAUAUGGCAUCAAUGCUGUGGAAGGGGAGACAACUGGAAAGAAAAUUUAAAAGCGUAUACUUUGCCUUUCUUUUGGCAAUAUUUACAAUACUGAGUGGGAUUGCCUAUGUAGCCCUUAAUAUGGCCUUCACCUUCAUCACAGAUGACCAGUCAUAUGAGUUAACAUGCGCUGUUGGAUUCUCAGGUGUGCUGUUUGCCCUAAAAGUACUAGUGAGUCACUACAGUCCCCGAGGUACACAGUAUAUAAUGGGAUUCAUCCCUGUUCCCAGUCGCCAGGUCUUCUGGGCAGAGUUGGUUCUCAUACAAAUCAUCACCCCUCAUGCCUCAUUUACAGGACACCUGGCUGGGAUACUGGUUGGUCUACUCUACAUUAAAGGUCCAUUGAAACCCCUCAUGGAUAGCUUUGUACCCACAGUGCCAUCCUACACUUACACCUCCCAGACAAGUGGUUACAACACAAGGUACAAUUAUGGGGCAGGCCCUGGACAAAGAUCUGGCUACAGAGAUCCAAACCAGCAGGCUCGGGCGCCACCUAGAGGAUAUGGUUGGAACUCAAAUGGGAAUGCCCAAGGGGAAGGGGACUAUAGUGACUACACUGGUGGACUCAGCGAGGAGGAACAAACACGGAGAGCCACAGAGGAGAGUCUUCGUCAGAACAGAGGUGGAAAUCAGGACAGACUGUAUCCAGAUUUAGAAGAUUUACGACAGAGACGUCAGAACCGAUACCAGUGAGACAUCCAGGGGCACUUUACCUCCUGUCUUAUUUGAUAACAGAUGAUUAUACAUACUGUCCAUAAAGAUCAUAUCUCUCCUAUCAUUUCUACCUAAGAAACAAAAAAUUCAUCACGGAACCAGACCAUCCAUGCAUUGUUUUAUUUUCAUAUAAACUCUCUAAUAAAAUGUUAAUGUUUAUA